UUUUUUUUAGAAUAGAAAAAAAUAACGUAGUUAUCAAUAUCAUUUUAUGAAUUAAAUAAAAUUUGGAGCUUAAUUUAAAUUUUUUCACUAAGAAUAUUUUAUUAUUAUUAUUUAUUUUCCUGCUCAAAAUAAUUAUACUCAUAAGGUAAAUUUGAGCUCUUUUAUUAUAAGAUAUAACAAAAUUAUUAAAAUAAAUGUAAGCAAAUAAAUUUUGCACAUCAAUUAAAAAAUUUAUUAAAUAAAAAAUUUUAAAAUUAAAAAUCUUCAUUAAAAAAAAUAUCUUAAAUUUCAAAGGACUAAAAAAAUAGUUUAAAUAAUUUAAUUAAAAUUUUUUUAUAGGAAAUAAUUUUAUAAAAAUAAAUGAAAAGUAAACUUAAUGCAAUGCAUAUGAUAAAGAAUAUGAUCUAAAAAUUGCAUUGCAACAAUGUCAUUUUUGUAAAAUUUAAAAUUGGCUACAAUGGAUUUAUCUCAAUGAUGAAAAAAUGGACUGUUGAAAAUUCAUUUUAAACAACCUCUGCUCUGGGGUAAGUUUUCCCUUGCGAAUCUAAAAGAAUUAUUUGAAUUUUGACUAAAAAUUUCCUCGCCACCAGACUUUAAACGUGCGCAAUUGGACUGCAGAAUUCUGAGAAGCGCCAGACAACUGUAAAAAAGGUUCUGGUGAUCGUGGUCCAAUGGCCGCGCCCAUCAACUACCCUUGGCACAUCCCUUACCAGCAGAUGGACAAUGGUGGCCUAAAUGUGAUCAGCGCAGCACAUCGAACAACCAAGUUCUGGAAAUUUGCAACAACACAUGGCUCUGAUUGCGCCCUGUGCCCCUAUUUUUCAGAUUCCAUGAAGUUCAGCAACUGGAACUGGAAUGCAGAAUUGAGGCAAAAGAGGUGUUUCAAAAACCGAGGUCCAUUCGCCGCAGCCUUCAAUAAAAAACCAGCAGCUGGGCAUUGGAGGCCCAAACGUCAGCAACGUCCCUUUUGGCCCGUGAACCACGUUGUAGGUUUUGGAGCGCCAAAUGCCAUCAGCGGAUGCCUCCAACAGGGCAUAUUCAUCCCGGGUGUCGCCCAGGCCGCUCCCAUCUACGGCCCCCUUCCUGAGAACCAGGUUUUCGGUGAUGGAGCUCCGAAUGCCAUCAGCGGAUGCCUCCAGCAGGGCAUAUUCAUCCCGGGUGUCGCCCAGGCCGCUCCCAUCUACGGCCCCCUUCCUGAGAACCAGGUUUUCGGUGAUGGAGCUCCGAAUGCCAUCAGCGGAUGCCUCCAGCAGGGCAUAUUCAUCCCGGGUGUCGCCCAGGCCGCUCCCAUCAACGGCCCUUGA